UUUUGACAUUUGUUUCAGCUCUGAACCGAAUCGAACCUUUUCAUUCCGAAAUUAACAUUUCGGAUUCGCCUGAUUAAUUCAUUUGUUUCGAUUAAAUAAAUUAACACCAUGGCAAACGCAAUCGCUAAAGUGCCAUCAUUGAUUUCGUCGGCCCUCACACAAGCCAGGCCUAAGUUCAACAUUUUCAUGAAGUACGCCCGAGUUGAACUAGCGCCCCCUAAACUGAGCGAAAUUCCUCAAAUCAGAGCUGGUAUUGGUAAACUUCUAUCGAGCGCGAAGAGCGGAGCAUGGAAACAGCAAACCGUGAAGCAGGCUACACUUAACACACUCGUUGGUGCCGAAAUUCUUUUCUGGUUCUAUGUUGGAGAAUGUAUUGGAAAACGCCACAUUGUCGGAUACAACGUUUAAGUUUCUAAUAAGUGUAACUAAUAAAUGUAGAUAUUUCAUUCGCUAAAAUAAAUAUUUAAUCAGUUAAAUGUGUCUUUUAGCUAAUAAAACCUUUUGUUGAUAAAAUAAAA